UUCCGGGUCAGGGGUCACAACUUCCUCCUCCAACCUAGGCGACCACGUUGCCUCCUCCGCUGCAGCCAUGAAGAGACCGAAGCUGAAGAAGGCGAGUAAGCGCAUGACCUGCUCCAAGCGCUUCAAGAUCCAGAAAAAGGUCCGCGAGCACAAGCGCAAGCAGCGCAAGGAGGCGAAGAAGAAGGGAACGGGGGCAGGGAGCGCCGCGCGACGAGCUCGCAAGGACCCCGGCGUGCCCAACUUGGCGCCGUUCAAGGACGCCGUCCUGCGUGAUGCCGAGUUGAAAAAACAGCAGGCCGAGGAGCUGAAGGUGAAAAGGAAAGAGGCGAGGCAAAAAGAGCUGCAGAAGAAGCGGGAUGAGCGCAGUAAGAGAACCGAGCGCAAGACGGAUCGCCUCUCCACAAAGGACCCCGUGGCUAUGAAGACAAAACCAGAGGCUUUGAACAAGAGGCUUCUGAAUGAGCUGCACAAGGUGCUGGGCUUGGCGGACGUGGUGCUGCUGGUGCUGGAUGCGCGCGACCCCCUCGGUUGCCGCUGCCCCCAGCUGGAGCAGACGGUGCUGGAGGCGGGGAAGCCGCUCGUCUUCCUGCUCAACAAGAUCGACCUGGUGCCAAAGGACAGCGCAGAGAAGUGGCUCGGAUUCCUGGGUAGGGAGCACCCCACCGUGCUCUUCAAGUGUUCCACACAGCUGCCGGGCAUUGGGGUGAAGGCACAGCUGCCCGGCAGUGAAGUACUGGUGAGCCGCAGCGUUGGCGAGGAAGCGCUCAUGGGGCUGCUGCUCGGGUUGGCGCAGCACCACCACAGCCCCAUCUCCAAUGGUGGCAGCGGCUCCAAGCGCUCCAAGCACGCCACCACCAUUGACACCGCCACUACUGACACCACUACCGCUGGCGAAGACACCGAAGACGCUGCCGCCGCCGAAAUUGCCGCGACCGCAGAAGACCCCACCGCCGCCACCACCCCUGCCGUUGCCGCCACCGCAAGCCGGGUGGCCGUAGUAGGGUUUCCGAACGUCGGCAAGAGCAGCAUCAUCAACAGCCUGCGGAAGACGCGCCUGUGCAAUGUGGGGCCCAACGCUGCCGUCACCAGGGCCAUGCAGGAGGUGUGCCUCAGCAACCACAGCGUGCGGAUGCUGGACUCGCCGCCGGUGCUGCCGAGCGCCGACAACGCCGAGGUGGCGCUCGUGCUGCGGGGGCUGCACGCCAGCGGCGUGAACCUCGCAGACGCCGUGCGCAAGCUCGACGCCAUCCUGGAGCGGUGCAACAUGCAGCAGAUCAUGCUUCACUACAUGGUGCCGGAUUUCUGCAACACGAGCGAGUUCCUGGAGCUGCUGGCAAGGCGGCGCGGGCACCUCAAGAAGGGCGGCGUGCCGGACCACGCGGCGGCCGCCAGGGCAGCCCUCUCCGGCUGGCUGUGUGGGAAGCUGAGUUUCCACACGAGCGUGCCGGCGGAUCUGGCGGUCACUGAGACCACGAAGAAGUUGGAAUCCCCCCCGCUGCACUACGACCGUGCCGCGCUGGACACUGCCAACGCCGACACGCUGUCACGGUGCCGCUUCCCCAUGCCGGCCGGGAGCAUCGCUGUGAAGGGCUACGGCUCCACCAAGGGGGUCCUCAACGACCUGGAGCUGCAGCAUCUGCAGCAGCAGCAGAAACAGCAGCAGCAGCAGCAAGCGGUAACAGCCAGCGCCAGCAAAGGGCAGCAGCAACGGAAUGGAAACAAAGUCGAGAAGGCCGAAGACAACAAAGCCGAGAAGAUUGAGGACAUGGCAAUAGAUGAGGAAGAUGAUGAUGAUGACGAUGAUGAGGAUGAUGAUGAGGACGAUGAUGAGGACGAUGAUGAUGAUGAAGACGAUGAUGAUGAAGAUGACGAUAUGGAAGAGGUCACGGCGGAGGGGAAUGGAAAAGCGGCGAUCGCUCCUGGGCCUGGCGUUGACAGAGAUCACGGAGCCGUGACGAGGACACCACUCGGCAGGACGCGAGCUGCUACCGCUGCUGCCGCUGCUACUCCGGCUGCCACAAAGACCGCUCUUCCGGCUGCCACAAAAACCGCUACUCCGGCUGCCACAAAGACCGCUCUUCCGGCUGCCACAAAGACCGCUGCUCCAGCUGCUGCCACAAAGACCGCUACUCCGGCUGUCACAAAGACCGCCCCUCCAGCUGCUGCCCGUGCGCCUAACGACGACAGUUACGACUUCGCCACGGACUUCUACCUGUGAUGGCCGGGGUUGGUCGCUGCUUGCGCCUCGUUUCCACGGGACGGUGAAUUCAAGUCGACUCGCAUCCACCUCCAGUUGGCCCCCUUGCUCUCGUGGUACUUGAGUUGAUGGACAAAUCGAGUCUUAACAAAAAAAGCGGGGGGGAAAAAAAUUCCGACAAGUUAACAUUUUAUGUUUCACCAUAACGUGUUCGGUGAUGUGAAUCCCCUCCGGCCUCGGCUUGCAUUCUGACGUCGGGGAUCCGGGCAGAGCCACUCGGAGCGAAAUCAGCCCAGAGAAAUCGUCUAAAAAAACUACAGGGAUUGCCGGGUGACUCGGGUUUGUCUAAAGAACAUGAAAACUCUGUGUUAGGUGGGGGGGGGUCAACUCGGUUACCAACUUGAGUUCUGCAUUCAUUUAAACGCGAUACGAUAGGCCUCGGUCAUUGCCUGUGCGCGCACACGCACACACGUGCACACACACACACGUGCACACACACGCGCGCACACACACACACGUGGUGCCUCUCAAAAUGGGGACUGUGCCAGCACCCUGGCAGCCACCGAUUCUCCCGUAAUAUGUUCUGCUCCUUCUGUGCGUCCGUUUUUAUUUUUGCCAAUAAAGUGAAGCUGUU